AUGGAAUUGAGGAACUCAAGUGACCAAAAUAUACUCCAUGUUGCAGCAAGAUGUGGCGAGGACAAUCUUGUCAAAUAUUUUCUCAAGAAGGUUGAGUUUCAAAUGUUGAUCAACCAAAAAGACAACAGAGGAAAUACUCCUUUGCACUUGGCAAAGAUGUACCAUCAUCCCAAGGUUGUCGAGCUUUUCACUUUCGAUAGAAGGACCAACUUAAAGGUCUUGAAUGAUAGGGGCAUGACAUCUCUUGACAUUAGAGAAAGAGCUUUGGAAACUAGUGCAUCAUAUCAUGGGGAACUCUAA